GAAACAAUAAAUCUCCUCUCUGCUGAACUCCCAAAGGGAGUGUGUGUGUUUCCUCCCGUUCUUUAUCAGAGCCCCCGAAAUAAGUAGGAAUGGGCAGUGGCUGUUCACAGUCAGCACACCUUUUCCAUUUGCUAAUCAGGUCCUGCCAGGCUGGAAGGGAGUUGUCCCUGUCUGACACUGGAGCGAGGAGCCACUGCGACAAUCCACAGGCACCAUGAAACUGCUCCAAGUGACCGUCCUUUGCCUUCUGACCAGCGUUGGUAGCAGUGAAGACCACCAAGCUGAAACUUCAACCAGUACUGUAUUAAGAUCAACAAUUUCUACAGCAAAAACAUCUGGACCAACACCAGUUACAAUGACAGCACCAAAUCUUGUUAUGCAAUCAACAGCUGGAACAUCUCCCAAAGGAAUAACCAACAAGGAAUUCUUACAAACAUCUCCGCUGCCAGCACUUGCUUCAUUAAUCACGACAGUUAAAGGUGAAGAAGCCACAACCAAUGAUGUGAAAAAGAAAGAGUUGACUACCAAAAGUGCAACAGUGACAGAUCUUCCACUUCCAAAUGAUGUUUCAACAUUACAAAGUUCCCAAAACAAGACUGAAAAUCAGAGUUCAGUCAAUACAACAGAAAGGCUAGUUAGCACUUCACAACCAGAUGCCUCACCUUCUAAAACCAGUAUAUUGCUCUCAAUAUCAACAGCAACUGCAGAAAACAUAUCACAAUCUCAAGGCACUGAGAGUGCAAAAAAUGCAAGCCCCUCUUCAGCCAGCUCCUCGCAUUCCAGUAUUAUUCUGCCGGUGGUUAUUGCUCUAAUUGUAAUAACACUUUCAGUAUUUGCUCUGGUGGGUUUGUAUCGACUGUGCAGGAAGACAGACCCAGGCACAGCAGAAAAUGGGAAUGACCAACCUCAGUCCGAUAAAGAGAGUGUGAAGCUCCUCACUGUGAAGACAAUUUCUCAUGAGUCGGGCUUAAUCUUCAGCUUCUAUGCUCCAGAAGUAGAAAGAGAGAAAGACCUGUGGAAUUAAUCCUGACUUCCAAUCCUGCUUGCCAAUCUACACCAGUCACCUGUCCCAACAAAAUGAUGUCCAGAUGACAUGCAAUAAUCUGAUAGUACAAAAAUUCCUGGGUCUCCUCUGUCCAUUGAGGCAGGAGAAAGCACAUUUGUACAUUGUUUAGGAACAUUCUCAGGAGAACCAAUUUUAGGAAAGGCAUUUGUGAGCAGUUAACCAGGCAGCCCAGGCGUGUGGGUUCCCUGACGACAUGACCUUCCCUCAAGUUUAAAGUUUCCAGAACUGACAGUUUUUAUCUAUGGCGCCUUUCCUACUUUCUUGGUGUUCUUCUAUUACCUAAUGCUUGUAUUUAUUGUUUUCUACUAUGACUAUGUUAAUGCAGGGAAAAUUUGCAAGUGUAUUAUUAAAUAUUAGGUAGAAAUCAUGACGUGCCACUUUGUACAUAAAGAUAUUUUAUUCAUAUGUUCAUGUGUUAGUUUUAAUAAAUAUUUACUGUAUUCAAUACACUAAAAUAUCAUAAUGUGACUGUGAAAAUGGCGAAGGUAUUGUCUCCCCAUAAUUAUGAAAAUUUUUGGAUUGACUAUUAGUUUAUGGGAACUCUAUAAUGAAAGGCAUCUGUAAUAAGUGAGAAAGGGACAGAAGAUUCAUGUAUUAGACCCUGUGAGAGGUAAGUCAUACCAUUUCUUUGGUCUUUCUAUUUGUAAUUCACACUAUGUAAUAAGGAUGUAAGGGCAUUUGUGACACUGUACUGCAUUCAUUGAGAAGAUAAGCAAGAUUGAGAGUGUUUCAUAAUCCUUUCAGUUAAGACUAUCUCUGUGCAUUUUUUAAAUUUCUUUUAGAAAUGUAAUGAUUUGUUCUGACAAUGAUUGUUAAUAGAAAUGAACAUUUCAUAAAUACAUGAUUGUGAUAUUAUUUUUCAGUGUAUCCCUUUCCUUAAAAAACAUAUGAUUAUAGCUGUCACUACAUCAGGAGCACAUUAUUCAGUGGAAAGCUGACUGAUCAACUUUGACCCCUUCUUGGACACGUGCAAUCAAAAUGUCAUGUUGGGUGGCGUUCUGUGGAAAGCUCUGAAACUAAUACGCUGCCAGUGGCAGCUCUUUCACUUGUAUGAUCACCUUUGCCGAGUCAAUGCUAAAUCAUCCUGGUGAUGUGAGGACAGUGCAGUAGAAUCUGAGCUGUGGAUGUAAAACUGCCUUUUAAAUUCCUUUUGUUGCAACGUAUUUGAAAACUUUCAGCUUUAAAGAUUAUAUAAAUAAUCAUCUUGGUUUUAGCUUUCCGAUGUCUGGACACUAAGACACCAGCAAGCAUAUCUAUAUUUCUAACUGGUGUCUCUUCAUGUUUCUUUGAGAAGGAAGAUAGGAAAUUUAAGGGGAAAGGGAAAGUAAAAGGGUAUAGAAAAGGGCAAAGACCCCCAAUACAUACACUUUCCCAUGAGAGAUGUUCUAUCCAUGUGUAACUCUAAACUAAAAGUCUUUUAUACUGGCGCGACAGGGGCUGGCAGAUACCAAGCAUGGGACAGUUGUCUUCAGAAGGAAAACAUGCCAACACCCCUAGAAUGCUUUACUGAGCUCCUCAGCAGAAGCCUUGUUACACACAAUGUGCUGAGAGAAACAAACUCUUCUGCAACUUAAAUUAUUGCAGUGAUAUGUUAUUCCGGUGUCUAGGAAAAACAUUUUCUUGACUUUGCAUAAGAAUUGUUGGAAGAAUUUACAAUGAUUGGGAAAAGGGAAAGCUUUUUGAUGGUCAUGAAAGGAUAAAAUUCAUUCUAGUUCAAGAAUUGUACAUAAAGAAUAUGCUUUAUACUAACAACUAUAGCAUUAAAUCUUCAGAGUCAAAGUGGUAAGAAGAUUCAGGAAUUUGCAGCUAUUCAUGGCAUUUUGUAGCAUCAAUCUCAGAUGUCUGCAUUUUCAUAAAUCAACUUAAUCUAUUGAAAUAAGUUUCUAGGCAACAUUAUCAUUAAUU